GACAACGACUUCAACAAAUCUGUGUAUUGUGAUUGGUUAGUUGGAUUCACGUGGUGUCUGCAGUGACGUCUCCAUGUUUGUUUGACAACCUUUUGGUAAGGGGUUCCAGUAAAAAAGUUGUUCCCAAUUGUGAUCUUGGUCAAUUAUUCCGAGAUAAAGGGAGUGUUUAGGAUUAGUUAAGUUACGAAAGUUACAAUCAUGGUGUACAAUUAUACUAAGCCAAGAGGGCCAAUUGCUGCCAUGUACAGCAGCCCAGGCCCAUGUUACGCCUUACCAGGACUUGUGGGACAGAAAACUCACGACCCUAGAAGUGAACAUACCAAACAACCAGCAUACCCAUUUGGUGUCCGUCACGGUAAAUUCAAGGACGACUGUAGCCCGGGACCGUGCUACUACCCUUCCCCAAAAUAUUCAAGGACUGGCCCUGAUGGUACCCCACAUUACUCUCUGUACUCCAGAACAAAGGAUCAAAUGGCUUUCAAAGUACCCGGACCAGGUACCUACUCCCCAGAGGCAGCCGGCCAGACAACCCAUUUUAAACAUCCAGCUUUUAUUUUUGGAAUCAGACACAGACACCGAAGGACUGAUAACACACCAGCUGCCAAUAGUUACACUUUACCACACAUGAUCGGUAAAACAGCCCAAAGCAGUAAACAACAGGCCCCGUGCUACUCUUUAACUGGCCGCUCAAAAGUAGGAGCAUUUAGCGAGGAUUUGGCCAAGACUCCAGGUCCAGGUACAUACAACACAACAGAACCCCAGAUUUACAAGGACAAAUCACCUCAAUUCAGUAUGACCAGUCGAAAUGUGAUGCCAGGUGACACGACCCAGAAACCAGGCCCAGGUGCCCACUCACCAGAAAACGUAGUUACCCAUAAGAGAUUUGCACCAAAGUUUAGUUUUGGAAUCAGGCACUCUCAGUACACUGCACCUCUUAUAGUGCAACAAGAUUGCGAUUAACGGAACCAUUUUUCAACGUAUGUAAUGGUUUCUUUACAUAAGCGACAAGCCCCUCAGCCCAGCUUCGGAAUCCGUCACACCCAAUAUAUGGCUCCUUUGAUUAUUGAUGUUCAAGAUUAAAAUGUUUCUAAAUUUUAGAAUCAACUGACAUUUAUAUUUAAACAAGUUUUGGUGAUAACACUGGUUAUUUAUAACAAAAGAGGAAAUUGAUGUUCAUUCUUUCAAAAUUUGUACAUUAGAUUAUAUAUGUUAUAUUUAUCUUGUUAAGACAUUAUUCAUGGAGUGAUCAAAUAUUAUUUUUUUGCUGUAAUGCUUGCAUUUUCUAAUAAAUGACAGAAUGUCUAGAAUGCUUGGGUUUAUAUAUAUGUUGCUGAGUAUUUUAACAGUAGGAGUGUUGCAAAUUAUUGUAGAAGUUUUGCAUUUGUUUACAUUUAUUUCCCUUAUCUGCUACAAAAAUAACCUUUUUCUUGGAAUUUUUUUUAACUAUGGCUAAUGAAUAAUAAAGGAAAUAUAACAUUGAAAUUGCUAAAAUAAAUUGCAACACAGUUUAGUUAAUGCAGUAUUUGUUAAUGCUUUUUGAGGGAAUUUUAAGAAAUAUUUGUUUAUGAAUCAUGUUUUUAAAGAACAAAUUACAGAUUUUUUUUUGUUAGUAAGUCAAGUCUGCUUUUAUUUAUGAAUGUUUUUAUAAAGAUAUUUAUCUAAAGUAUUAUACUGUAAAGUAAGGCAUCUGUGAUAUGGUUUAACACGCCAGUAUUUGAUCGCAGCCCAUGACAAUGAUAUGGAAUAAUUGCCGUUAAACACAGAGCUGUCAACUUUUCCCACAAAAGUAUUAUUUUAUAAAUGGAUAUUAGAUGUCAGAAAUUUGAGAGAUUGUGUGAGUUUUUGAUACUAUUGUAAAAUAUAUUUUUUCAUUUUUAGAUAUAUCGUAUAUUAUAUAACGUAUAUAGUGUUUCGCGUACUCAUUAUUCUUAUUUUAGAACUCUUUUUGGCACAGAUAUAUAACACAGUAAAAUUCUAGCAGGGAAUUUAAUCAGCAUUACGUACAAGCGUCUAGUAUUUUUGAAAGUAUUACACAUUGUUAUUCUUAUUUUACAUAAAAUGUUGGUUUUGUAUUACACGUUUAAUUUCAAUCAUUAAUGCAACCUAGUAUUACAUAGCUUAAAAUACAUGUAGAUAUAAAGAUGCAUAUUAUUUAGGUUCUUUUUUUACACAGGUUGAUUUAUAAUUACUUUUCUUUUAAACAAAUAUUUAUAUAUAUAUACUUAUACAAAGUUUUUUUGCUUUUUAUCAUUACAUACAUAAAUGUCGUGUUUUACAUAUUAGAUUAAUCAUGAUAUCCGUCCCAAGUUUUACUUUGUUGUCAAAUAUUGUACCAUCAUCUUUGAAAUGGUCGAGGUCUGUGUACAAACAGUUCCUUGCUACAUUUUGUGUGUGAUGAUGAAAUUCACGGUAUUUUGAAUGUAACGGUACACAAAACAGUAUUUUUCUAUUUCAAAGGUAGUAUUAUUAUUGUCAAACAAUCCUGUCCAAGGGUUUUUUUUUAUUUUACUUUCUUUUUAAUUUUCUUGCUCAAUUCUGUGAUAAAUGUUAAAUUGUUAGAUGAUUAUUAUUUACCAUUUUCACAAGGUACACUGUUUUUCUGAUGCAUAAUAUUUUCUAUAUUUUUGACUCUUAUUAUAUCUUUGAUGGUUUUUAGGGGAAAAUUUCAGUUUUCGAACUUUAAAAAGAAAUUUUGCACUAAUACCUCAAAGUUUAUUAUUCCCUAUGUAAUCAGAAUUUGACUUUAUCUUAUUAACAUAUUAAGAACAGUUUUCUUCUAUUUUUUCUUUAAAUUAUUUAAACUUUGGGUAAAAUCAAUUUUGGGUGUGUCAUUGAAAACAAAAUGAAUUUCCGAGAAUAUAUAUGGGCAACAUUAUUGAGUAAGACUUUGAAAAUUUAUACUUUGAACAUCAUAUGUGUACAUGUAGUGAGUCUAACAAUAAAAUGUCUGAUGUUAAAUAAACUUGUUGUUGCUUUGA